AUGCCGCGAUACGGACAGCAGGGGGGGGAGGCCGCCAGCGGCGCAAACCAGAUGGCGACGGAGGAAGCGGCAUCUCGGCAACCAGCACCAGAGCCUGUUGACAUGCAAGAGCUGCGAAUGAUGAAGGAGCGGUUCGCGAAGCUGUUACUGGGCGAGGACAUGUCGGGCGGCUCCAAAGGCGUGUGCCCCGCGCUCGCCAUGUCCAACGCCAUUACCAACCUCUCAGUGUCGCUGUUCGGCGAGGGCAUGCGGCUGCGGCCGCUAUCGGCGGACUGCAAGCGGCGGUGGCGCAUGGAAAUGGGGAUCAUGCUGUCCGUGUGCCAGCACAUCGUCGAGCUCGUGCCGCAGUCGCAAACCAUGCCCGACGGCUCCACGCAGGAGGUGAUGGUGACGAAGCAGCGGGACGACCUGCGGCAGCAGCUGCCUGCUCUGCGCAAGCUGGACGACAUGCUGCUGGAGAUGUUGGACGAGUGCAACAGCACGGAGUACUGGUACACGCAGGAGCGCCCCGACCCCGUCGCCAACGGCGCAGUGGACGCCCACAAGGCCGCAGGCUCCUCCUCGUCCCGUCGCAACCCGCGCCACCGCGACGGCUGCACGUGCGCGGAUUGCCAGGCGGACGCUGACGGCGACGACGAUGGGUACGGGGGCGGAGGAAAAAAAGGGUUGAAAGCCCGAGGGGGCGGGGGCGGCGGCAGCGGUGGGGGAGGCGGCGGGGGAGGAGGGGUGAUGCGGGAGUCGAAGACAGGCAAGUGGUGGCGGCCGGUGCCGCGGGUGCCGGUGUGUGGGUUGAGUGAGGGGCUGCGCAAGCACCUGGAGCACCAGAUGGAGAAGGCGGCUCAGAUUGUGAAGCUCGCCAUGGCCAUCAACACACAGGCGCUUGAAGACAUGGCCGUGCCUGCUGCUUACACCGACAACCUGCCCAAGUCGGGGCGAGCGGCACUGGGAGACCAGAUCUACUCGGUGAUAAUGAGCAGCAGUUUCAGUGUGGACCGGGUGUUGGAUACAGUCGACCUCACCAACGAGCACGCUGCACUCAAACUCGCCUGCCGCCUCGAGGCCGCUGUGUAUCACUGGCGCAAGAUGGCCCCGCCUCCCCCCACCAGGUCCCCUCAGCUGACCCAUUCAAUGAGUGGGCACUACUCGAGCUCCGGCCCACUAGGGCGAGACGUGUCCAAGUUUGAGGAGAACGCCAACCGAGCAGAGGCGUGCCUGCGCAGCAUCAAGGACCGCUGCCCCUCACUGCCGCAAACCACUCUCGACACCUCCAAAAUCCUCUACAACACGGACGUGGGGAAGGCGGUAUUGGAGAGCUACUCGCGUGUGCUGGAGGGAGUGGCGUCGAGUGUGCGCACGCGCAUCCUGGACGUGCUACACGCCGACUACCUCGCCCACAACCCCGACGAGCACACACAGGACCGGCCCCUGCCCACACGCGUGGACGAGCACCCGCCGCAGCAAAUGAGGGAGCGCCACCUGGACUUCAGCCUGCACAUCCCCGACAGCGCGUUUGAUGCGGCGUCGGAUUACGACGAGACGGGGUCCGUGUAUUCUGAUUGGAGCACGCCGAACCUCACUCCCGUGGGGCCGGCUCCUCACCAUGUGCACGGGCAUGGGCAUGGACAUGGGCAUGGGCAUGGGCAUGGGCAUGCGGGAGGGGGAGGGGGGUAUGGUGGGAGUGGGCAUGGCGGAGCAGGGGGGAACGGGUCGGGUGUGCGGACGUUUGAGAUUCGGCAGCAGAGCCUGCCGGUGCGGCUGGGGAGCAAUGACCCGCGCAUGCAGGCAGAGGCACAGCGCGCCAUUGAAGCCGCCGGGGGGGGAGGGCCACGGGGGGGGUUGCGGCCACAUAGCCCGAUGCACGCACAAGGGAUGGAGGCAGGGAGAGGCUCAGGGGAGGCGGGCAUGGGGGGCGGAGGAGGCGGGAUGGUGCCCCCUCCGUUUAUGCGAUCGGUCACGUCUCCCACUCACCGUGCGUCUGCAUCGCUUGAUCCCUCUGCGCCAGGGGGAGGGGGAGGGGGGAACGCAGGGCGGGGCAUGCAGAACAUGCAGGGGCACAAUAGCUUCAGUGGCCACCCAUCUCCCCCUCCUGGCCACUACCCAUACUCCUCCCCUGAGCACCGCUUUGCACCAGGGCAUGGGCAAGCACAGGGGCAAGCACAAGGGCAAGGGCAAGGGCAAGGGCAGGAGCACCAGGGAGGGGGGGCGAGUGCUGUGCCGUACAACCAUGCAGCUGCAGCGGCGGCGGCGGCGGCAGCAGCUCGCAAUCUGAACCGUUCAAACUCAUGGAAGGGCUUCCUGCCAUCGCGCAGGGGAUCUAACCACCAUGCCGCCGCUGCCGCUGCUGCCGCCGCUGCUGCAGCAGCAGCAGGAGGAGGUGGCGCGGGUACAGGGGGGUCACCAGGAGGCGGAGGAGGGGGAGGAGGAGGAGGAGGAGGAGGAGGAGGAGGGGGAAGUCCGCAGAUGACUGGGGGAGGUGGGGGGUAUGGUGGGGAAGGAGGGUCGCCGAACACAGGAUAUGGUGUGUACAGCAUGGGAGGAGGAGGGGACAUUGUGGGAGGCAUGUGGUCGCGGAGGGUGUCGUCCCGUCGCGGAGCCGGUGCUCCCGUGUACGUCUACGUCAUGGCUCUACAGGCGCUCCAGCAAUUCUUCCAACAGCCGUAUUCCCCGCCAGUCACCCUAGGGCUCAUCGCGUUGAUGACAGGAAUCCACUUUCGACCCGCAGGGUUUCUGGAGGAUAGUCUUCCGUACGUGUCGGAGAUUUGCAUGAAUCCAGCUCUCGUCGUCCAGGAGCGCAACUGGCGGCGGCUGUUACUGAGCGUGCUGUUCCACGCGGACGACGCGCAUCUCAUCUUCAACAUGGUCUCGCUCCUCUGGAAGGGCGUGCAUCUCGAGCGCCGCCUCGGCUCGCCGCGCUUCGCGGCCCUCGUGGCUGCCUUCGCACUCCUCUCUCAGUCCCUGCACGUCGCUGCUGCGCGCCUGCUGUCUGACGUGCUCGCGCUGCACACGCCGUUCUACAGGGAGUGCUCCGUGGGGUUCUCUGGAGUUCUCUUCGCUCUGAAAACCGUUAUGAACGCGGAUUCGCCCGCUUACUCAUCUGUCUACGGGUUUGUGCUGCCCACCAAGUACGCAGCAUGGGCAGAGCUGCUGCUGAUUCAGCUGCUGGUUCCGGAAGCUUCUUUCCUGGGACACCUCUGUGGGAUCCUUUCCGGCCUGAUCUACCUUCAUGGGACUUCCCUCCUGCCGCGCUCUGCUCGCCCCUCCGCGUUCCUGUCCACGCUCGCUGCUCCGCUGCUCACGCUCUUCCCGUUUCUGCGCAGCUCAAGAGGGCGCACUUGGGGGUCUGGGCAGUCGGGGCAGGCUGCCAGGGGGGGAGCAGCUGGAGCUGUGCGGUGUGCCAUGUGUGAGGGAGCACGACCAGCAGGAGGGAGAGAUGUGGGGGGAGGAAUGGUAGAUGGGUAUGGUAGGGACACUGCUCCUUCUGCACCUAGUUUUCCAGAGGUGGAGGAAGAGGAGAGGGCUGGAGCAGAGCAGCAGCAUCUACAGCAACCUCACAGGCGGCAAGGGAAUGUCACUUCUGCAGAAGAGCUUAGAGCUCUGAGGCUAGAAAGGUUUGCUAGGUGA